GGUUGUAAAUCAAUCGCUGUUUUCACUCCUCUUCAUUUCGACCGGACGACCACUUUCUUAUCUGCUCGGAGCCGAUCGUCCAGAGUUCCGAAGUUCUUCAAGUUUCGUGAUGGCCAGUUCGACGGUAGUUGCCCCGCUUGUGAUGCGGAUCGUGGCCAGCUCGAUCCAGAUCGCGAACCGUGCCGGGCGGAUCAUCCGGGACGUGCUGGCCAAGGGCGAUCUGGGAAUCGUGGAGAAGGACGGCAAGGACGACCUGCAGACGGAGGCGGACCGGUCGGCGCAGCGCUGCAUCGUGGCCUCGCUGGAGAAGCUGUUCCCGAACGUGACCAUAAUUGGGGAGGAGGGAGCUUGUGAUACGCGCGUUCCGGAGGAUUGGCUGGUGUCGGAUGUUAAUGGGGAGUUUUUGGCGGGGAACGCUUGCCCGGACGCGUUGAAGCAGGUCAAGGAGAGUGAGUUGGUCAUUUGGGUGGAUCCGUUGGAUGGGACGAGCGAGUACACGCAAGGGUUUUUGGAGCGUGUUACGGUGUUGAUCGGGAUUUCGGUGAAUGAUCGUGCGGUUGGAGGAGUGAUUCAUCAGCCGUUCUUCCAGUCGGACAGCGGGACGCAGGGACGGACCAUCUGGGGAGUGAAGGGGAUCGGAGCUGGAGGGUUCAUUCCGACGCGACCGCCUACGGACAGGUUCAUCGUGACUACGACUCGAUCACAUUCCAAUGCACUGGUUCAGUCGGCGCUGGACGCGCUGUCCCCGGAUGAGGUAUUGCGGGUUGGUGGCGCUGGGUACAAGGUACUGCAGCUGCUGGAGGGGAAGGCUCACGCGUACGUGUUUGCCAGUGCCGGCUGUAAGAAGUGGGACACGUGCGCACCGGAAGCGGUCCUCGAGGCGCAAGGGGGAAAGUUGACCGACAUUCUGGGACGGCACUAUUCGUACGGGAAGGAGGUAAGUUUUCCAAACGCUUGUGGAGUACUGGGGACGGCCAGUGGAAUAUCGCACGAGGAUAUUCUGGCCAAGCUUCCGGACAGCGUGAAGCAAGCAAUGAAUAAGUAAGGGACGCUACUUAACUGUUUGUCUGUACUAGUACAAUUUAUUGUUUAUUUGUUAAAAUAAAUCUCUCGUGACUUUGACCCUUGAA